AUGAUUCAUUCUUUCAACGCCAUGUAUAUGUACCGUGUUUUCCUUCUCACAUUACACGUUCUGCUACUAGGGAUCAGUUGUGAUGCUAAAAACAGUCACUUGUGCCCUGUUUCCUCUUGUGGUGAGGUUCGUAAUAUAAGCUACCCCUUUCGAUUGAAAGGCGACCCAAAAUAUUGCGGCCACCCUGAGUUUGAACUAACUUGUGAGUAUGAUCAUACUGUCCUAUAUUUAUUUGAUGGUCGAUAUUAUGUGAAGUCAAUUGUUUACUAUUUCUAUCUUGAUGAAGAAGACUUCCAUGGUUUCAUCACGGUGGUUGAUGAUGGACUUCAAAAGGGUAAUUGCUCGUCUCUCCCUCGUUACUCACUGGGGCACUCCAAUUUCAGUAACACCAUCAUUCCAUACUACCCUCUCGAUAGCCUCUCAGAAAGAGUGACGGUGGCCUUUGUGAAGUGCUUACAACCCAUUGCUUUCACUCGGUAUUUCGAUACCAAACCGUGUAUCGAGGGAACACACUCUGCCGACAUGCCUCCCAAUUCUUCCCAAAUGGAGGUGUACUCAUAUGCUUUACCUGGGUAUUAUCUAGCAGCAGGGGACAUCAAGGAUUCUUGCACCAUAACUAUGAUGUCCUUUGCAUCGGAUUAUGGUGGGAGGGAAGAGGAUCAGUAUAAUCGCGCAAGCGCGCCAUACAAGGACCUCCACAAUCAGAUGGCGGGGGGAUUCAAUCUCACCUAUUGGGGGCUCCUUUCUGCAGAAAGAAGCUUUCGAUUUUGCUUCUUAGGUUCUAGAUACCAAAGGAACGGGUGCAGUCACUAUCACGUUCGCCACUUCCUCGCAGCAAAAUUCACCCUCGGAGCUCCAUUUGCAUUGAUAUUUUUGAUCUAUAAGUGGAGGAGAAGGCACCUAGCAAUGGACGAAAAUAUUGAAGAAUUCCUACAAGCUCAUAAUAACUUUAUGCCCGUAAGGUACUCUUACUCAGAUAUUAAGAAAAUCACAAGAAAUUUCAAACAUAAAUUAGGAGAAGGAGGAUAUGGUUCCGUGUAUAAGGGGAUACUUAGAAGUGGCAAUGAAGUUGCUGUUAAGAUUCUGAACAAGCCAAAAUCUAAUGGCCAAGACUUCAUAAGCGAAGUGGGUACUAUUGGAAGGAUCCACCAUGUUAAUGUGGUUCAGCUUGUUGGUUUUUGCUUCAACAAAUCUAAGCAAGCUCUCGUGUAUGAUUACAUGUCAAACGGGUCUUUGGAUAAACACAUUUUUUCUAAAGAUGGUUACUACUCCAUUGAUUAUAAGAGAAUAUAUGAGAUAUCUCUCGGUGUGGCAAAAGGUAUAGAAUAUCUACAUCGGGGAUGCGAUAUGCAAAUUCUACAUUUUGAUAUCAAGCCUCACAAUAUUCUUCUGGAUCAAAAUUUCACUCCAAAAGUUUCUGACUUCGGGCUUGCAAAGCUUUAUCCUACGAACCAUAACAUGGUAUCGUUGACUGUUGUGAGAGGAACCUUGGGAUAUAUGGCACCAGAGCUAUUCUACAAGGACAUUGGUGGUGUCUCUUAUAAAGUUGAUGUUUACAGUUUUGGGAUGCUGCUAAUGGAAAUGGCCGGUAGGAGAAGAAAUGUAAAUGCAAAAGCUGACCGCUCAAGUCAAAUUUAUUUCCCUCUGUGGGUUUACGAUCAACUUCAUGAAGAAAAUGAGAUUGAAAUGGAAGUAGUACAAGAGGAAAGAGAGAUAAUUAGGAAGAUGGUAAUAGUUGCUCUUUGGUGUAUACAGUUAAUCCCAAAUGAUCGGCCAUCAAUGACUAAGGUUUUAGAUAUGCUUGAAGGAGAUAUUAAUAAAUUGCAACUACCCCCGAAGCCGCUUCUAUAUCCAUCGGAUGAGCCAGUUGACAAUGUCUACACUGGAAUAGAACUUGAAUCAUGCUCAAUUUCAUCAAGUACUCCAACAAUUUUCUGACUGAUUCCAAAUUAUGAUUUUCUCUUCUCCAUGUAUGAAU